GCAAUUUUGACGACUUCAGCUUAGAAGAUGCAAUUGAAACUACACAGAAGCCUCCUCCAUCUCGGAAGCCACCUUCAUCUCGGAAGCCACCACCAUCAGAUACAGAUAAUUUCAACUUGGAAGAUGCUCUUCAUCCUGAUGACCCCAAGACAGGUCCACCUGCAAAACCUAGAGACACUGCUCAGAACAAAACAGGUUCAGGUGAAUGCAAUUGUGAUGAUGCCAUUAUCUAUGAAUAUGGUGGUGGCCUUGAUGAUUCAGAUCUAUACGAUGGCAGUUUACCAAAAGGAGGCAGCGAUGGUAGCGGCAGCAAUGAACGAAAGGGCCCAAGUCCAAAUAGUGGCGAAGAAACUGAGGCUUCUCAGGGAGCAAUAGCUGGAAUUGUAAGUGCUGUGGUUGCUACUGUAAUUGGAGCAGUAUCUAGUUUCAUUGCUUACCAGAAGAAGAAACUCUGUUUCAAACAAAGCGCAGAUGAAGAGAAUGUGAAUAUGGAAAGCCAUCGAGGAGCGCAAUCUGAGCCACCUGGUAAGAGAAGAAUCUAG